GGGCGCUUUCUGCAAUUCAUACACAAACACGCUACUUGCACGCUACAUAGGCAUUGUUUUCGGCGCCCACCACACUCAACCGUCCGACCGGUAUACUUUGGUAGUGGCACUCACCGCGCAUUCUGCCUCAAUGAAUUCAGCUCAAAUGGACGGUGGUAGGAUUUCAUCUGGUUCCCACCAAGCACGCCAUGGCAUACAAGAAUGCAACUUUUGUCUGAAAAGCAGGACUGAAGUCGGAAGGCUGUUCGCCUGCUCGAGCUGCAAGCUGGCUCUAUACUGCAGCCCUGAAUGCCAGAAGGCCGGCUGGAGCUACCACAAGCACGUCUGCAAAUCCAUCAAGGAGGAGCGCUCCCAGCUCAAAGAAAUGGACAAGAUGUUCCUCUCCGCAGGGGCCGAGACACAGGCGUUCCAGGCGCCCAACUCCGGCGCCCCUCUGCCGUCCGUCAUCAUGGACGAGUUCUGCGCGUUCGCGGAGAAGUUCAAGCUGCCGCUCAUGGAGGCGGGGUACAACGGGAUGCGCGUCGCGAGCGACCCGUCGUUCUCGGGGCACGCGAUGCUCCUCGUCAUGCUCGACCACCACCCCGCGCGCGCACAGUCGUCGCGCAUGUGGGCCCGCUUCCGGGUGCUCUACACGAAGCCGAUGACGUUCGACGCGCU